AGGCUGAGGACGCGGGUUCAGGCGAGGUGAGUAGACAAACCUAGUUGAACCUAUACUGGGUGAAGAAACAAAUAUGAGUAGCGGCAGUGUUAGCUGAGCAGAAACAAGCGGGAAGCGAACUGGGAGAGACGCGCCCUAUCAUCCAAUCUAUUGAGCAUAUACAGUCUUUCUAAUAACACUUUGGAGGAGAUUCACAUGAAGAAGAGGUACUUCAUCGGGCUAUUUCACUGACAGAUGGUGGCAUUGCAAUAUGAAUCACAGGCACUCGGAGCCAGCAUCAUUAUCAAAACAACCAGAGUGUGUAUUUCUAAAGUGAGCUAUUAAACAAAACUCAAGCACACAAUCUAUGAGUUUGGCAAUUACCCGAUCACACCAGGGCUAUCCAAGCAUGAAAUACCAUACUAGACCCACCAGUAGCGUCCUCCAGGAUCUCUCUGGUGGUCCCUCCCAUCUGUUGGGACUGGAAGGUCUGGACCCAAGGCCUCUGAGCGAGGCAAUGUCCUUCACUGACGAGGCGGUCUCCAUCCUGACCUCCAGCAGCCAGCUAGCCCGUUCCCUCCUGGGCUGCACCUCUGCCCUGAAGCGGAAAGAAAGCCUAGCCGCCACCGCUAACCAUGCUAACGCUAAUGCUAUCUCUAACAAUGGCGGUGAGGAUGACUUUGACGAUAGCAACAGUGCUCUGCGCCGCAAACGCGAGUUCACUCCCGACGAGAAGAAGGACGACGGCUACUGGGAUAAGAGGAAGAAGAACAACGAUGCGGCGAAACGGUCGCGUCAGAAACGACGUGCCAAUGACAUGGUCCUGGAGACGAGGGUUCUGGGGUUGUUGGAGGAGAACGCCCGACUAAGGGCCGAACUCCUGGCCUUCAAGUUCCGCUUUGGCCUAGUCAAGGACACCUCCGACAUAGCCAUAAUGCCGCUGCCCGUGCCUCCACUCAACCAUCUUGAACCGAGGUACUACCUACCCCAUGAUGAUGGUUCCUACCCCCAUAACACCGCCGCCACCACCUCCCACCACCAUCCCCACCACUCAUCCUCAUACGAGGUGAGGGGAACUGGGCUGCCAGCAGGGCGUGACGCGGGCAGUAGUAUAUCCGAGGACUCUGGUUUCUCCCCUGGAAGCUCCAACAUCGGCAGCCCUGUGUUCUUUGACGAUGGACUAGGGGACCACAGCCGAACUUCCCCCAGAACGGUAGAGGAACAGGGGCGUUAUGAGCCUCGCACCUCCCUGGAGGCAGAAGGACAGUACCACGGCAGGCAGGACUCUAGCCUACCACACAAACUCCGCUUCAAAACCCCCGGUGGAGGUAGCGAAGCUGGGGAGAUACCAGCAAGGUCCCCUAAUAGUAAACGCCCUUGCCCCGUAGCUACAGUCGGACCAAACAUCCAGAGGAGCCAGGCUGAAUGGUACAGUCAUAGGGGAGAGGGCCAGGCUGCAUGGCCCAGGGAGGAGGCCCGUGCUGGGCAUGAUCAGCAGCACCACUACUCCCCCUCUGGAGGGUCUCCACACAGACCCACCACUACCACAGACUCCCAGUAUGUGGCGGAGAAUGGCACCCUCAAAUCCCAGCUCAGUUCUCUAUCGCAGGAGGUGGCCCAGCUCAAGAAGCUGUUCUCUCAGCAGCUGCUUUCCAAACUGGUCUGAGGUCAGGUUGAACACACUCACAACCUCACCGUACACACAUUUUUACAUUUACAUACAGAGAAGAGCAACAGAGAGAGGGAGAGAAAGGGGUAUAGACUCAAAGAAAGUGACAUUCACUUCAACCUGAACAUUGACUUUCACUGUGUCUCAGCUGAACUUGACUCCCAGGGCACAGCAUUGCCCGUUUUUAUUUGACCUAGGCAAGUCAGUUAAAAACAAAUUCUUAUUUACAUUGACGGCCUAGGAACGGUGGGUUAACUGCCUUGUUCAGGAGCAGAACAACAUAUUUGUUUUUACCUUGUCAGCUCGGGGAUUCGAUCUAGCAACCUUCCGGUUACUGGCCCAACACUCCAAUGCUCUAACCACUAAGCUACCUGCCUCUCCAUCGAUCUCAAGCAAACAGCUACAUCAAGUGUGAAGAAGCUGAGCGAACCAUAUGACAACCUGAAAACUACUUCAAUAACACAUUCUCCAGAUACUACGAUACAGUGGCCUUCACCACUAUAAAAGCACACCAGCACAGGAAAUACCAGUUACAAAAGCAAUCAGCAGUCAAAAGCAAUACUUCAGGAUACUCUGUUUGAUUUACAGUACUAUAAAACAGCAUUUAUGGGUAACUUAUAUGAUACACAUUUUUGUAUUUAUAUUUUUAGUAAUUUAGCAGACACUCUUAUCCAGGGCGACUUACAGUAGUGAGUGCAUACAUUUUCAUACUUUUUCAUAUGAUAUCUGAAAUACAAUUUUUUUUUGUACACUGAUCUGGCCUUUGAUAAAGUUUCACAUUCUUUCUUUAGAGACUUUUAUUGAACAGGUCUAUAAACACUGGAUUACACUGGUAAACAUGAGUACAUGCAGCGGUGCACACACUGAUGUCAUAGAUAGAUCAUUUGUAAACCCAUUCCGGUUGUAUUAUUACUUUACAUGUCCGAUUAUCCUGCUGCUGUAGGACAUGGUAUCCCUCGCCUCUAUUUGUUUCUACACAGUUUGUCUUAAACGGUUUGGCUAAAAAAUAGAAAAAUAACAGAUUCUAUGUACAUAUUCUUUCAUUUCAACUGUAAGUAAUGUGAUAUACUGUACAUGUACGUAAAUAAAUAAACAGUUUUUCCUAAUCA